AUGAAGAAGUAUCCAAGGCUUUUAAGUGUUUUGAAGAAGUAUGGCAUAAAGAAGACUAAGAUUCCAUGCAUUCAAUUCCACUCCAAUCUUACUCCAAUCUUACAAUCGCUUGCUGACACAGAGAUGGCUCAACCAAGUGUACAGUUAGCCUCAAUCGACGAGGAUAAGUCAUUAAGUCAGCAUACGCAGCAGGAUAUCAAAAUUACUGUAUCACAAACUCACUCAAAACCGUGUCCAGAUCUACUUAAUGGGCCUAGAAAAGAUUACAUCACCACUGGUAUCCCUCUAUACGAAGCAUCAAUUAAAGGUGAUUGGAAAGCUGCUAAAGCCAUUCUUGAUAAAAGGCUCGAGUUGGUAAGGUAUAGUAUCACUGAAAAUGGCGAAACAGCACUUCAUGUUGCAGCAUCAGCAAAAAGCACCAAACAGGUUGAAGACUUCUUGGAAAAUCUGAUAGAAUACAUGGAUAAAACAGACCUGGAACUUGAGAACAACAGUUCCAACACUGCCCUCUGUUUAGCAGCUGCAGCUGGAAAUGUUAAAAUGGUUAAGAUUAUGGUGAAAAAGAACAAAGCCUUGGUUGCAAUCACUGGUAGUCAACACAUGACUCCACUGUAUAUGGCUGCCUUGUUUGGACAUUAUGAGGUGGUGAAGUUUCUGUAUGAUAAUUCCCAGAAUUUGCACGAUGAUUGUUGGACACCUCAAAACCGAGGUUGGCUUCUUCUGAAAUGUGUUGAGACUGAUAUGUUUGAUAUUGCACUAAAGAUAGUGCAAGAGCAUCCAGACCUUCGUAGUAGUGGAAGUGUGCUUGGAGUUUUAGCUAAAAAGGCUGAUGUAUUUGCUGAAACGGAAUCUAAUAUCUUUAAGAAAACCUUCAAUUGGGUGAUUAAUCCAAAGAAGCAAGUUCUAGAAAGGGAAAGCAAAGCAAAAGCACUGGAAUUACUGACACUCAUUUGGGAAAAUAUUUCUGAGAAGCCAAGGAAUGAAAUUGAUGCCAUAAUCAGAGGCCCCCCUGAUCCUCCUGUUAAGCCAGAUGACAAGUCACCCUCUGACAAAGAAGAACAAACUUUUGAACUACUAAAACGAAUUUCUGAUGGAAUCGACAAAAUGCCAUUUGAAAUCCGAAACUUAAUCAAAGAUUCCCCCCCUGUAAUUCGUCCAAAUGUACAAAUUCGGGGAAAUCCAACUAAAAAGUACUCCGCCCGAAUAAUAUUUGUUGCUGCAGAAAUGGGGAAUACAAGAUUUAUCAUCGAGCUUAUACGCAAGUAUCCUGAUUUAAUAUGGAAAGUAAAUGAUAACAAUCAAAGUAUAUUUCACACUGCUGUUAAACAUCGUCACGAGGGUAUCUACAACUUAUUAUACGAGAUAGGCUCAAUGAAGGAUCUCAUAACUCCUCUCAAAGAUAAAAAUGACAAUAACAUGUUGCAUUUAGUUGGGAAAAGUGCUAAGAAAAAACGACUUGAGGACGUGUCAGGAGUUGCUUUACAGAUGCAACGUGAACUAUUGUGGUUUAAGGAAGUAGAGAACAUGAUUCCACCUUCUUAUCGCGAACGAAGGAACAAAGAAGGUCUAACACCACAUGAAUUAUUCACCAGAGAACACAAAGAGUUGGUCAAACAAGGUGAGGACUGGAUGAAAGACACCGCUAGUCAAUGUAUGGUGGUUGCCGCCCUUAUUGCCACCAUAGUAUUCGCUGCAGCUUUUACAGUGCCAGGUGGAUACGAUCAGGAUGAUGGUAUCCCUUACUUUAAACGGAAAGGAACCUUUAUAGCUUUCGUAGUGUCAGAUGCUGUGUCUUUGUUCUCAUCUUCAGCUUCAAUCCUCAUGUUCUUAUCUAUCCUCACAUCUCGUUAUGCUGAACGUGAUUUCUUGGAAUCGUUACCCAAAAAGCUUAUGAUAGGUUUAGCGACGCUUUUUCUCUCGAUAACAACCAUGAUGAUUGCUUUUAGUGUCAGCUUCUUUGUUUUAUAUCAUAAGGAUUUGAAGUGGAUACCGAUUCUUAUUGCCUUUUUUGCUACUAUGCCGGUUCUCUUAUUUGCUACGUUGCAAUUUCCUUUGUGGAAAGAUAUAUUUCGGUCGACGUAUGGUUCUAGAUACCUCUUUCGGCCCAAGAAACAGGUUCUUUACUAUGAAGACUCCAUGUCUAAUCAUCGGUGGUGGUUUCCGUUUAGAGUACCUUUGAUUUCAAAAUGCACUUCGAAAAUAUUGAAAUUGUUGUAAAGUGUAAAAGUUCUAGUUGUAAUAUUAUUUGAUAAUUGUUAUUAUGGUUUUGUUUGAUUCCAUAAGAUGAGACAUAACGAUAUAACAAUAUGUAUAUGUAUGGUUUUGUAUCUUUCAAC